UUCCAGUCUACUGAUGCAGCGUCUUGGACGUCUCCCUAGUCUUGGAGUGACUCGUUACUCCUUGGCUCGCUGGGUGGGGGUGUCGGCCACCAGACGAGCGGUGCUGGAGAUAAAAGACAAAGAACAGUUCCAGAAACAAGUCCUCGACUCCCCUGACCCCGUCCUUGUCGACUUUCACGCUACCUGGUGUCCACCAUGUCGGUCACUGGGCCCUCUGUUGGAGGAGGUAUCGUCAAGGCGUCAGCUGCUGUUGGCCAAAGUUGAUAUUGACAUCCUUCCAGGCAUUGCCUUGGACUAUGAGGUGGAUGUGGUGCCAGCAGUGAUUGCGGUGAGGGGAGGGGAAGUGGUGGGACAGUUUGUUGGACUCCAAAACAUUUUAGCGAGGACUGCAGGCGCUGCCGUUGAACAGGUAGCAGGAGAAGAAGAGACCACAGCUCUGCAAUGGGUCAGCGCAAGUGACUCCGGUACAUUUGCCUGGGUGUACGCGUCGCGCUUUUCUUUUCCUCCAGCAUUUCCGACGCCGCAAGAGAGCGGGGAGCUGCCGUCUUGGGCCCUCGCCAUCGUCCUGUCUGCCUCCUUCAUCUCCCUCCUCUGGUUCGCUGCCCUCGUCCUUCUGAUCGUACAUGAAGUUCGCCGUCGUAGGCGCUACUCGUGGGUACCAACUACCCCAUCUCCCCCUCCUCCCAAGCGCUUGUCUCCGGCCAGACAGCCUUCCUUCCUGAGUGGGCACCCUCCUCCUUCCAUUUCUCCUCACCCUUCACUGGAGGACACCAGCCACACUGGCUCCCAAGAGAAAGACAGACUCCCCACAUACAAUGAGUCGGCCAUUGAUGUCCCUCAGCUGGAUCCAUUUGAAGAGGAAGAAGAGAGGCAGUUUAGUCUCCGACUGCACAGAGGAGCUUCCUUCACUAGCAUGGCUUCCUCCGCUGCCGGAGAGCCUCCAGCAGUGGAGAAGAAAGUGCCUGAGGCUGUGAGUUUCUCCAAACAGACGUCUGUGGACGAGGCAACACCCACAAGCCCCACCCCCUUCACUCGGCUGGGGGCAUCCUCUGACUCAUCCCGUUCCAGUGGGCGGAGUUCCGAUAGCUCCGCCCUCUCUGGCAUGGUGUUGAGUCGGCCAGUCACCCUGCGGCAGUUGGGAGCUACCAUACGAGAACCUGGGUACCUCGAGGGAGAGUUCAAGAAACUCCCCAACCCAAUUUUUACACUGGACGACAUGCCGCGAGGGACAGAACGCAAGAACAGAUACAGCAACGUCUUGCCCUCUCCAAAGACGAGGGUUCACCUGUCCUUGUUGCCAGGGCAACGACCAAACUCUGAUUACAUCAAUGGCAAUUACAUCAGAGGUUACCAGGGGACUCCGAGGCAGUACAUAGCGACGCAGGGACCAAUGGAGACAACUGUUGAAGACUUCUGGAGAAUGGUUUGGGACAAUAACACUGAUAUCAUCGUCAUGGCAACAAACUUCACCGAGAGAGGAAUUGACAAGUGUUGUCGCUACUGGCCGGCCCAGGGCAGCGAGGGAUACGGAGAUCUUGAGGUGACUCUCCUCCAUCAGACCAUGACCGACGCAUACAGUGAAAGCACUCUCUCACUCCGCUCUGCUCUCGGAGGAGAUGUGCGGACGGUGAGACACUACCGGCUGACAUGUUGGCCGAGUCAGGGAGUUCCCAAGGAGACCAAGACGGUGACUGGGUUCCUGAGGGAGGUGAAGAUGGCAGACAGUCGUGGACCAGUUGUGGUCCACUGCUCCGCUGGUGUCGGCAGAACUGGUGUUUUGUUGGCCAUUGACAUCGGCCUGCAGGGAAUACUACAGGGCCACUCAAAGAUGGAUGUGCUGCGAGUGGUGAGUACUCUGAGACAGGACAGGACUGGCUGUGUCCAGACACGAGACCAGUACCGCUUCAUUCACCAGGCUCUGUAUGAUGUUGCUAAGGAGCUGGGCCCACAGAAAGGACUGCGUCCAUUGAAAUAAUGAUUGUUUCAUGAGACAGACAGACUGACUGAGUUAUGACUUGUGUGUAAUUUCACUAAAAUGUAUAAUAUAGUAGUUGUGCUGUUAUGAGUAGCUUCAGAGACAAUUGGAUUGAGAAUUGAAUAUUUCACAUGUUAAUCAUGAUGUGUUGAAAUGUCAUCAAGACAGCUAUGUAUAGUUCAGUGGCCACAUUGUCUAAUGAGUGCCAACCAGUCCACCAUCACGAGCAGCGAAGGAGAAAGAUGAUGUAUGAACUAUCUCAGACUGUACCUCCUCAUCCACCCCUUCCUCAGACUCAUCCUCAAAUGUCUGAGUCAGUCUGUACGCCUUCGGUGGAGGGGGCGGGGUGUCUGUUGCCAUGGCAACAAGGUCAAUCUUGACCUCGCUGACCUCCAUCUCCUGGGCAACCACUUUAGUGCUGGUGGUGGUUUGGGCUGUAUCCUCACUGCUCACAGCAGAGCCAGCCCUCUUAGAGUGAGGCACCAUUCGCCAUGACAACCGACCACUGCUCCCUCUAACAAAGGUUGUGGAGGUCGCUGGGUUGCGAGGUGACACCUCUCUAGACCUUCUCUUCUCCUUAUCAGCUGAGACCUUGGGUGUUGCAACCUCGUCUUCCUCUUCACGAGAACGGACUUUGACCUCAACAGUCUGUGUUUCCGAGCGGCCGUCAGGGCUGGCAGUCACUCUCAGCCGCGACAUUUCCCCACCUGCUCCACUGGUUAGCAGCGGUGAAGUCUCUCUCUUUGCUCUGUGUCUACGACAGCACCAACAGCACAACCCGCACAGCCAAACGCAGCAGGAUUUGCAGGAGCAUGUAGCCAUCACGUCCAAAGGUAUUAUCAGCACUGCAG